AUGAAUAUUGACGAAGAAAUUUAAAAGGUUUAUGUCCUACUUAAGAAUUCAGCAGAAACAUUAGAAGAUGUAUUACAUAAAUCAUUUGAAAUUCCAGUUGACAAUUGGUCCAAAGAGAAACCUGUUCUAAUAUUCCCUGAUUCUGGAGAUUCCUUAUAAGAUUUAUUAGAACUUAUGAGCAGAAUAGAUAAAAAUCUUGAUUAGGUUCGUGUAAACAUAAGAUAAUUUGAAUUAAAUAAAUUCUAAGUGAUAAAAGAAGAAGAAUUUGAUCCAAGAUACUCUUAACCAUUAAUUGAUUAUGAAAUUGUAUAGAAUGCUGAAUAAACAUAAAUGAAUCGAAUUAAAUCUAAUGUCAAUAGAUUACAACGUCAAAUUGAAGCAUAUUAAUAAAAAUAUUAAUAAUGA